AUGAGCACCUCCAACGACUGGAUGGAGCUUCUCAAAUCGAAUCUCCAAACAUUAUCGGCCAACAAAAAUUACGGCAGAUUCUCCAAGAAAUUGGUGCCAAUUUCGGCCGGCGAAAAGGAGGUUAAAUUCGAACUGACGGUAGAUGAUGAGGAAAUAAAUGGAAAGGGGACGUUGUAUGGGGGACAAACCGCCUCUCUGGUCGAUUUAUGCACCGCCAUGGUGAUGAUACAGACGGUGCGGGACACCCCGUUGGUCUCGGUGGAAAUAUCUUGCAGGUAACGGGGAUUUUCAGAUUUUUUGGAGAUUCGUAAGGAUUUUUUCGAUUUUUUUGUAAUUUUUUGCAUUCCUUGGAUUUUUUCGGAGGUUUUUUUCGAUUUUUUGUAAUUUUUAAGAGUUAAAAAAAGCUUUAGGACUGACUAAAACUUGUUUGACUUAGAAUUCUAAAAACCAUUCUAAAUUUUUUUAAUUUUUUAUCAAUUAGAUGUCAUCGUUUUCAACAUUUUUUAGAUUUUCCAAAAUUUUCAAUUUUUUCAAUUUUUCGAAUGCCCUUCUCUAUUUUCUGGCCUUGUAAAAUCCCCGAAUUUUAUGGAGUGCUCUAAAUUUAUGGCCGAGACAAAUUUAGGGAGCCGUUUUAUUCGAUUUUAGUCUGUGAGAAAUGUCUUUUCAGCUACCUCUCCCCUGCUUUUGUCGGCGAGAAGCUGAUAAUCGAAGCCACCAUUCUCCGGAGCGGUAGGAAUAUGAUUUUUGCGGAGGCUGUUUUUUCGAAAGAGAAUGGGACAAUCGUUGCCAAGGGGAAGCACACCUGCGCCCGACUCAACCAUCUCAAAGUGGAAGGUCAAAUUGUCAUUCAGUAG